AUGUCUUACCUUAUAUCAUUAUCAUCCAAUUUAGCCAACGAUCACAUCGAAGGCAUCAAAGAGAUGAUCACCGAAGAGGCUUACGAAGAAGUGGUUAAGAAUUACUCCGAUUAUUCAUUACAACAGAAAUCACUGCUCAAAGUGAACACCGAAGACAUACUCUUCUGUUAUCCCUAUAACAUCCAAAUCAUGAAACAAUCGCCCGAUUCAGUGACUGUUAAGAUAUUUGUCGUUUUUGAUUGUGUUUCGGGAAUCAAUGACUUAAUCCAAAAUCAUAUGUCAAACCAAAACUUCAAAUUUAUGAGUUUCAAUAAAUACAUGCAAAACAAGAUUUGCUUGAAUUACCAAUUUAUCCGGCAUUACAUGAAAGACAAUCAAAGCGAUUGGAUUGUCGACAAACUAUUGCACAUGAAAGACAAAGAUAUACUCAAAAUGUAUCGAUUGUUUAGAAAGUGAUUGUUAUUUUCUGGCCAUUGAAUGUCAUAUUACGGUAAAUAAAUAGUACGUAAUAAAUAGCCAUCCAUUA